GAGUUCAAGAAGCCCUUUGAGAAGGCCUGCAAAGACUAUGAGAGCAAGCUUGCCAAGAUCGAGAAGGAGAAGCGAGAGCUGGCGAAGCAGCAUGGCAUGGUCAGGAGGGAGGUGAGCGGGGGGGAGAUUGCUGAGGAGAUGGAGAAGGAGCGCAGGACCUUCCAGUUGAACAUGUGUGAGUAUCUAAUCAAAGUGAACGAGAUCAAAACCAAGAAAGGGACUGACCUCCUGCAAAACCACAUCAAGCACUGCAGCUCACAGCUCAAUUUUUUCCAGGAAUGUUUAAACACAACGGCAAAACUUAAGCAGUUUACAGAGAAGCUCAUCCCGGAGCUGCAGAGUAUGAAGAUCAGGCAGGACGAGGAGAAGAAACAGCUCUGCUCCCUUCGGGACCAGCUGAAAACGGUGUUGCAGCUGGAGCAGAAAGAGGACCCUGGGAACAAGCAGGCAGGGUACAACAUGCACCAGCUGCAAGGGAACAAGCAGUUCGGCACGGAGAGGUCGGGAACCCUCUUCAAGAAAAGUGAUGGGUUGAGAAAGGUCUGGCAGAAGAGGAAAUGCACCAUCAGCAAUGGCUACCUGACCAUCUCUCACAGCAUGCUCAACCGCCCACCAGCCAAGCUGAAUUUACUGACCUGCCAGGUGAAGCCGAACAUGGAUGACAAGAAAUGCUUCGAUCUGGUUUCCCACAACCGCACGUACCGCUUCCUGGCAGAGGAUGAGCAGGACUGUGUCGCCUGGGUGUCCGUCCUCAGCAACAGCAAGGAGGAGGCACUGAACAUGGUCUUCAGCAAGGCGCAGGGUGGAGGGGAGAGCAGCCGGCAGGAGCUCACCCAGGCCAUCAUCGAGGAGGUCAGAGGCAUGCCUGGGAACAGGGAGUGCUGCGACUGCUCAGCCCCAGAUCCCACUUGGCUCUCCAUUAACCUGGGCAUCCUGAUCUGCAUUGAGUGCUCUGGGAUUCACAGGGAGAUGGGUGUGCAUCUUUCCCGCAUCCAGUCACUGUCUCUGGACAAGCUGGCAACCUCUGAAUUGCUGCUGGCGAGGAACAUCAGCAACUCUGGCUUCAACAGCAUCAUGGAAGCGAAUCUUCCCAGCUUUUCACUGAAGCCCACAGUGCACAGUGACAUGGCCUUUCGGAAAAAAUUCAUCAUUUCCAAGUAUGUCGAGAAGAAAUAUGCCAAGAGGAGGCCUGCUGCUCAGUGCUCCAGCCUCCCAGAAGCUGUCAAGGACAAGGACAUAUUUUCUUUGCUCCAAGCAUAUGCAGAGAACGUGGAUUUGAGCGAGCCUGUGCUGGCACCUCUGCAGGAACCUGGGGAGACCAUUCUCCACCUGGCAGUGCUGUUGUCUGAUCGAACCUCUUUGCAUAUCGUUGAUUUUCUUGUCCAGAACAGCAGGAGCCUGGCAAAGCAGACGGCGGAGGGGAACACACCACUGCACUACUGCUGCUCUCACAACAAACCCGAGUGUCUCAAACUGCUGCUGAAGGCCAAAGCCAACAUCACCAUCACUAAUGAAGCAGGAGAGACGGCCCUGGAUGUUGCCAGGAGGAUGAGACAUCCUCUGUGUGAAGAGCUGCUGCUGCAGGCCCAGAACAAUCAGUUCAACCCCAAUGUCCAUGUGGAGUACGAGUGGUGGCUGGGCCAAGACGACAUGUAUGAGAGUGACGAAGACCUGGAUGAGAAGCUCGCUCUGGUGAAGAGGGGAUCCUCCCGUCCCCAGAGCUGCCACCAUCCCCCUGCCGCUGCCCCAAGGCUGGAUGCAGCAGGGGCAGCGCCCUGGGGUGGGUGGGCGGACACCCACCCCCCGCCAGCCACCCACCUCCACAGCCUGGAUGUGAUGCCAGCCCCCUCCUACGGGCCUCCAUUCCCACCCCAGCGGGCAAAGCCAGCUCCCCAGAGGGCAUAUCCACCCUCCCUUACCACCUCGUCCGUCUUUGCUGAGGACACAAGAAGCAGGAGGAGCCCACCCCUACCUCUGAGCAUCAAGCACAAGCGCACGUCCUCAGAGCCAGCCCCUUGGGUACCACUCAGCCCUGAGCAGCCCAGCCCAACUAGCUGGGCUACAGAUGCCCUGAAAGCCACGGAUCCCCUCUGCAUGCCUGGCCCCAGCAAAGUGGGACAGCCUGGCCCCCAUCGAUCCCACCAGGAGCUGGAUCCAUGUUCUGUCCAUGCCCAGGAUGUCCCACCUCUUCUUCCUCAGAGGAGCAGUGUGAACAGACCGGUGCUCCGCAGGGUCCGUGCUCUCUACGACUGCGAUGCUGACCGAGAAGAUGAGCUGACUUUCCGCACAGGCGAGAUCAUUGUUGUGUCUGAAAAGGAGGACAGCAACUGGUGGAAAGGCUGGAUUGAAGGAGAGCCUCACAGGCAAGGUGCCUUCCCUGCUUCAUUCGUUCACGUGCUCAAUGAGUAG